GUGGAAAUUAUUUACUCAUUUCCAGCCUGGCACGCCUCGGCAUGCUAUGUUAGGGCGUCAUAAAGUAUUCCAUUUAUUCCCGGCUGUGGUUCCUCCAAUCCACAGGCAUGUUCGGUGAUAAGGGCUUGCUGAGAAAUCCCCCGGAAUCGGAAUGGUAGCUUUCAACCCCACAAGUACAUAGCCAGCGCUGUGUACCUCCUAGCCCUCGUCGCUAUCCCUUGGGUUGCGACGAGCUCUCUUUCUACUGAACAAUCUUCUUCGCAGCUUCACAAAUCCUUCCAAAGCAGCAACAAGCCAAACACAACUCGAAAUUAUGCCCCCCCAGCCCGACCUUCCCGACCCCGCCCAUCACGACGUGGACUCGAUGCUCAGCAGGAAGUUCGGGCGAGAAGUCGCCAACUACUUCUCUGGCAGCCCGCUGAACCGCGUCUCCUUCCUUCGCGCAGACCAUGGCUUCAUCUCCAAAGCUCUCGUGCACCCGAGCACCUCCUUUCUCCUCUUCAACGACCUCUCGCCCCUGGCGAAAGACCCUACAAAGUUGGCAUAUGCGACCCAUAACGAUAUUAGGUCUUUGAUUGGGGAGAACCCCUUUGAGAAAGAGGAGGCGGAGAUGAUCAAGGAAUACAAUUCGUCGAUUACGCUACCAUUGGUACUGUUUCUGGGUCUGGACGAGAGGAAUAAGGAGGGUUUUGAACAUGGCAUAUAUUCCGGCUGCCCAUUAUUUGCAGUGGAUGUUACGCCGAAAGGGACAUUAGAAAAAGAAGCAACGGGUGUGAUUGAGGCAAUGAAGGCAAAAGGUCUGCAAUUCGUGGAAGGGCGAAUGCAUAUGACCUUGAACGCCCCAGAAGCUGCCAUCUACGCGCAAGCCCGCGCCCUCCUCGAUUGGAACGCACGAAAUCCCUUCUGCGGAGGCUGCGGCCAACCUACAUUAUCCGUCAACGCGGGCACGAAACGAGUCUGUCCCCCAACAGACUUUGCCUCCCUACCAACUGCACAAGGAGGAGCCACCUCCGUCGAAGCCAAGCCCCGUGAGCGAGCAGCCUGUGCAACAAGAAAAGGAAUCUCCAACCUCUCCUUCCCACGAACAGAUCCUACAGUUAUCAUGGCCGUAGUAAGCCACGACGCCAAACGUGUACUCUUAGGAAGACAACGACGCUGGCCACCGCAUUGGUACUCCACACUUGCCGGUUUCUGCGAGCCCGCGGAGUCAGUUGAAGAAGCUGUGCGAAGAGAAGUCUGGGAAGAAUCGGGUGUCCUGCUCGGUCGUGUUGUUAUCCAUUCCACGCAACCAUGGCCCUAUCCAGCGAAUCUCAUGAUUGGAGCAAUUGGUCAGGCAUUGCCGGAUGGCGAGAAGAUCCAUCUUGAGCAUGAUCCCGAGCUGGAGGAUGCGAAGUGGGUGGAGAUGGAUGAGAUUAGAGAGGCGUUGAGGAUUGGUACUUCCGGUCUUGGAGAUGCGCCUGGAGAGGAAUAUAAGGAGGGCGGAUUGAGACUUCCGCCUCAGACGGCUAUUGCGAAUCAACUGCUGCAGGCUGUGACUGGAGGGUUCAUGGGAGAGUCGCCAAAGAUUUGAGAGUUGAUGUAGAUAUCUAGAUAGACAAAUGUACGUAUUUAGAUCUAGAGAAAGAAUUGGUCCUCGUGGAAGAAAUCUCAGAAGAUCAGCUGUCAAAUACUCAUCAUGUACAAGAAUCACCUUCGCCAUACCCUCAGCCUACAGGGGAGGAAAGGGC